AUGGGCAUUGUUUUCUCAAGAUGGAGGGUUAGUGUUUGAGUUUUGCCUUCUGGGCUGUUGCCGCGUUUAACUGAGCUGUUGAGAAACAUUCGAUUGAUGCUAAGUGGUAAAAGUACAACCACUACCUCGAUCGCAGCUUUCAUUACAAAAGCUUAUUAAAUCACGGUAAACGUCUUAUUGUUUUAUAGAAAAAAGAGUCAUUAGGGGAAGUUUUAGAGGUCCUAGAGAAGGUGAGAAUUUUUAUUAUUAGAGGUAGAGGUUUUAUGCAGUUGGAAAUAUGUUGAUUUGCCACGUUUAUUUUGGUAGAUCUCGCACUUAAACUCAUUGUGCAAGUUUAACCAACCUUAGCUUGAAUGUUUCUUGCUUCCUGGUUUUUCUUUGUUGUAUGAACGGAGUUAAAUCAGUGCUGUAGAAGCCAUUUUUCUAAGCAUUAUGAUGCCUUGUUGGAUAAUUUUCACAAAGGUUAAAUGUGCUCCCACAGCCAGAGUAAUAAUUACCAAAAUUUUUAAACAAUGAGGAAGCUAAAUUAUUUUACAAUCAACGGCACAAGUCUGUAGUAGCUGAGGUUUGAUUUUUCAGUUAAAGUGCCCUUAGAUACAUAUACAUAACACCACUAUUGAGAAUGGGCUUGUCGAAAAUUACCCGUUUAUUUUGCCAGACAAAAAAUAAUUGUUAUAAAAAGAAUUAAAUAAUUAAUAACUUACGCCAAAUUUUAUGAGCAACUAUUGGUCACAAAAUCGAUGUUGUCAGAGGUCUAUACGACUUUUAACUGUGGUCUUGUAAUAUUCUGAAUUAAGUUUCACUGAUCGCCUGAUCAUAUUGAUGCAUAAGCUUACUUAUUUUGAAAUUCACAAAGUACACAAAUUUCAUUUUGAAAAAAAAAAACAGUAAUGUUCUUUGAAAAUGUCAAAAUGCCAAUGAAUAUGAUUGCAAAGUAGAGGUGUACAGUUGUAGAUUUUCCAAAUCAUUUUAAACUAUGUUUUCUAUUUAAUAACUCCGUUUAGUUUGUCACAGGUAGAGCAAUUCAUUACAACUUAAAUAAAAAUGUUUUGGAAAUAAUGCAUUUUUUUUGUAUAUGAUUAUUGAAAGUGAAAUAUUUUAAAGCUCUUCUGUGCUGCUAGUGAGGAAAUGAAUAUUCAGGAAGGUAAAAUUAAGAAGAGCAAAGAGUCAUUUGCCUCCCGAUGUCUGUUGCCAACAAAUUUUCAUCAAGGGCUAGUUUGCAAUAAUUACGCUUGAAUAUUAUCACAUGUGUAGAGGAGGAGAGUGCUAUUUUGAGAGUGAUAUUUCUUCAGUAAGCAAUACAGGUGACUUUGAAAAAGGAAUCAAACCUAUGACCUUCUUGUUGCAAGUCCAGAUGCUGUGCCAUUGUGUUUACUCAUGGUAGUUAACUUGCUAGGCUCUGUGUGUACAUCGUCUUUCCAGACGUUUGUGGUCAGUGUUUUUUGUUUACGUAUCCAAGAUGAAGAGCCGCAAGACAAGAAACAAGAAAAAAAAUCAAAAACUCACCUGGAGCAUGUGACCAGAACUGCAUAGGCUACUUGGAAUAAUGUUGCCUAGGGGCCAGGCAUCAAGGCUCUCCGUGAGGAAGUCGAACUCAGCAACACGCAUACUGCUUAUGUUAUGCACAUUCCCAACACAUUUAGUCUAAUCUCGGCAAGAAACAACUGCAAGUGAAAAUUCCUAUGGCGCUUCUCUUCAGUCAACUUCAUUUUAAUAAUGUUACUUCUGAUGCUUUUUUCCAUGGUGGCCAUCUUGUUAUGCACAGUAAGAGAUGCUAAGUGCAAAACUAAUGAAUCACCUUAAAACCACAGUUUUUCUAGCUCCCAUUGCCCCCUCCAAUGCCUUUCUAUAAAUAUUAAGUUUGUUAUUGUAACAAUAUUUCCUUUGCUUUUGUCUUUACAGGAUCUCAAAGCCUUAGAAUCAAGUCAGCAGAGGACAGAACAGCUUCGAAAGAAAUUCAUUGGCUCUUUAAUUCUCUACUCUAUCCUUCUCUAUGUUGUGGCAGCUCUUGUGUGUUAUUUUUACGAUUUUCCAAAGUCUUGGAAAGCAAGAGCAGUUCGUGCAAUUCCACUUCUUGUGUUUCCUAUUGUGUAAGUAAACUAUUCUUAAGCUUAAACAUACUUUCAUCAGGGGUUUGAUUCUGUAUAGCAGGGUUGUCAUUAAGACCCGGGGGCUGGGUAUUUUCCCCGGCUACUAAGAGAGUGGCCCCCGGCUACUUUUAUUGGAAAAUAGAAGAAAAAUAGAACCAAAAAAAUCCCUAGCCAUUUGAUUCCCUGCCUACUUGUUGUAUUUACGCGGUAACUUGAAAUAUUAGUGACAACCCUGGUAUAGUAUACACUUAAUGUCAGAUCCCGAGAGAAACAGUUAGUUUUGUUUUCCCAAGAGUCCUGAUGUUUCCCUUGACUUCGUCUCUGGAAAACAGGACUCUUGGGAAAACAAAACUAACUGGUUUCCCAAGGAACCUUACAUGAAGUGUUUUCAAAAGUUGGUUGAGUUUGAUCGUCCGGGUGAACGUAGUCCUGAAUAGGACUGUUGUUGUUGACAGUCACUGACGUUUCGACAACCUGUGCGGUAGUCAUCUUCAGAGUCAACGUGAGUUGUAUCACGUCAGUUGAUGGUAUUAUACUCUGGUUAUUGAUCUGAUUGGUCAAAUACGUCGUGAUGUUAUUGGUCGUCUGUCAGUUAAGCUGUGAUGUUAUUGAAGAAAGGUUUGGCGCCUAGUUAAAGAAGAUUUUUAUUGGAAUUUUUUCAUUCUUCUCUGAGAUAUUGCACUUGUUUGGGUAUGGUUUGAAUGGUCUAUAAUUCCCCUUCACAAGUUAGGUGUCAAAGUUGUCUGUUGUCCAUAAUUCAGGGCUUGAAAAAAGUCCCAUCUGGUCCAGGACAAGUAGAAUGUUGCUGUAGUUAAUUUUUUAGCUCAGGUAAUUUUUCUUUUUCUUUUGUGUUUGGGUAUGUUGAUGCAUACUAAUGGUGUUGAAACAAAAGAAAAGUAAAAUUUACCUGAGAUGAAAAAUUAAUUACAACAUUGUCUUGCUGGGAAAGUAACUAUUAAAGCUCAUUCACCCAAUGGGCAAGGGUAUAGGCAAGUCAUCCUCUAACAAAAUCAUUAACUAAGAUAAGCAAGCCACAUGUGAGAACGGCUUGCUCAAAGGACACACUGAAAUUCAUGUUUUUUUUUCAAGCCCUGCCAUAUGAGGGUUGAAAAUGUUGAUGUCAUGAGUGGCAAAAGGGACGUGGUUCAAUAUGGGUAGUCAGCAGUUGAAGCGUAAAUUUUGUAGUUCAAUUUUGCUCAUGGUACAAAUUGUUUGUGGACCUGUGCGACUAUUUUUAAACUGGUACAAUUUUUUUUACCAGUUUAAUUUUUGUUAACCAGUUUCCAAUCAACUGUCUGAAAAAAUCAGGAAAAGUACAACAAUGAAAUGGUAACCCAAAGCCAAAAAAAAAAAACCUAGAAAUUUAAAGUUGGAGAAAUUGCCUCUAUAAAAAUUGAUUGUGUCGACAAGACGUCACCUCUGCAUUCAAACCUUCUGUUUCAAGAAGUAAAAAAGUCAUUACUGUGGGCCAAUACUAAUGUUGUUUGUUUGACUGAGAGGAAAAGCAAUGGGUACCAAACGUUAAUUGAAAGUUAACCAUUAACAUUUAUCUGUAAAAUGAGUGCUUAACGCUAAUCAGUGAAAUGAGUGCGUAACCCUAAUUAGUAAAAUGAAUGCUUAACCCCAAACCCUUACCCUAAAUAUCUGGAAACUAAAACUAUUUCUUAAAAAGAUACAAUGAAACCACUUCAAUAAAUUUUGUACUGGAUCAAUAAUUUUGUACCAGUUUAAAAAUAAUUGUACCGGUACAAAGGCAAUUUGUACCCUGUGAAAAAUUGAACUACAACACAAAAACAGUAAAUGAUAACAAUAAUUUAUUUUCUCCUUUCCAGGGUGUAUUUGUUAAAAAGAGUUCUUCAUUAUGUGUUUGUGAGCAGAAUGAGUAAGAAUGGUAAGUAACUUUCUUGUUACUUCUUGUUGUUUCUUUAGAUGUGAUUUCUCAAAUCACAUCUAAAAGUCAUGUGUGCAGUAUCCAAGAAAUUAAUCUAGUCAGAAAGAAAACUAAAGCUUACUAGUUUGAAUCACUCAGUGACCAGUUGCCUCUGGAAGCAAGACUACUAGAUGUAUGAGUGAAAUUUGUUAGUGAGGGGUCUAACUGAAAGCUUCAUUUCAUCAACAAGCAAAUCCAGUGUAUAAAAGUUUAAAACCUUUCAUUAAUUUUGUCAUGUAUCCAAAUGAAACAUGAAAAUAUUGCCACAAUCUUUGGCUCGUCUUCAGCCAUUAUUGUCCCAAUUAAAAAAGUUUUCCUUUGGUGACUUUUUAGCAGCUUUAAAAAAAGGGCCCUCUGUUUGGGUAUAUUAUAAUAGUAUUUUUUGUCUCCUACAGCUAGAAGGCUGGAAGAGUUAAAAGACAAGAAAAGACAAGUUGUAAGUCAAGAGUAAUGUUGAUUUAAGGACAGAAACCAUUGUCAGCUUGAAAAUGUUUAAAUUUUAGCUGUUUCCCAAUUUACGUCAAAACUGCCUGCAUAACCUUAAUUUCUGUCAAAUAAUUUUGCCUGGUCUUGGAAGUAUCACUUGUACUCUUUUGAUUGGUGAAACCGUCAAGUCACCAUUCAGUUUUUAAAUACUUUUACUUUCAUUCGUAAACUGUGUCAGAACCUUUUUUGUUCCCUUUUGGACAAAAGCAAUAAAUAUUCUAAAAACACCAGUCUGAGUACUUUUAAAGCAGCGUGGGCGAAGUAAAAGAAACUUUCACACAGUUUUUCUCUCCAUGGUUAACCAUGUCCACACUGUGAAAUACAUCAAAGUGUUUCAAAGUUUUGCAAAGACACUGAUGUAUCAACAUUGUACCUUAAAAGUCAUCAUUUCACCAAGAUGUUAUUUGUUUAUUGCUAUUUAAAUUGAUUGCCAUUUUUCCAGGUAAUAUUAGACAGAGUUUCCACCUUUAAUUCCUUAACAAUCAAUGUCACAUUAAGAUAACUCUUUGUUCUUCAGCUUGAAGAAGUAAUGGAGAAGGAAACCUACAAAGCUGCAAAGGAUCUCCUUGAUAAAUAUGACCCUAACUCAGAAAUAGUCAAGGUACAAUAGUAACAUAACUAUAGUAGUUCCCCCUCCGAGUAAAGAGAGAGGAUAUUUUAUUGUGUCAACUUAAGCAAGCAUUCUGUGAGCUGAUUUUGGUCUUGCCAACCCACUCAGUUCUAUGUAUUCUUUCUUAGAAUGGCUUUUUGAGCUUCAGAAAUUUAUUCAAGAAGCUGUGUUGAGUGAUUUCCUUGUUUUGAAAGUACUAAACCUGAAGAAACACCGAAUCCACCUUAACCUGUUUUUCUAUAAUUAUAUUCAAAGUAAAAAUGUUGGAAUCAAAACCCACAGUGAUGCACUCUGCAUCCUAUGUUUGAAUAAGAAAACUUUGAAAAUCAUUUUUUCAUUAAAUGGGAGGCAUAAGGUACCGUAUUUAUUCGAAUAAGCACCCAACCUCGAAUUAGCGCCCACCUCGAAUAAGCGCCUACCCUAAAGGCAGAAAAAGUCAAUAAGCGCCCAGCCUCGAUUAAGCGCACACCCCCACCCCACUUCCUAUCACUUCACACCCCCCAAAAUUGAAUGAGUACUAAUAAGAUACUUCUCCGAAGACGGAGUUUUCUUUAGAGUAUUUUACAGAAACUUUGCUUUGUUACAUCUUCGCGUUUUGUUUUUACUAUUUAUUGUUUUGAUGCAAAACAAACAUACUACACUUGCUGAAAAUGUUGAAAAUUUAAUAAGCGCCCGGCCUCGAAUAAGUGCUCACCUCCAAUAAGCGCCCACUCUCAGGGUCCAAAUAUUUAAUAAGCGCCCAGGGCGGUUAAUCGAAUAAAUACGGUAUAUAUAAUUUGUAAAUGAUUUUAUCUUUGGUUUAAACAAGAGUCAAUGUAUGGACUGUCGGCCAAAAAAGUGGCGGUCGUGGAGAAGUUGCCAUUAGUUGAAGUUCGACUGUAUAAAUAUUACAUAAUAUAAACAUAACCAUUGACUCUUUAGGUGGAGAAGAAAGAGGUGACACCCUUGUCUCCAAUGCCAGCUGAAGCAAAACGCCCAAUGGGCACAAUUGGAACAGGUUAGAGAUGGACUCGUGAAAUAAAAUAUAUAUACGGUAUUCUCCAUAUACUGGUAUAUUUUAGUUUUUAAAAUUCCACACCUCUUCAAAUUCCUUAAUUUUGGUCUUGAGAAAGGGCAUACUUUUUGAAAUGUGGCUGCUAUUUAAUUUCUUUUGGAUGACCGCAAGUCAUUUUAAAGUGUGGAAUGAAUAUCUUAAACUUAUAUGUGAGCAGGUUUCCAGGGUUGUCACUAAGAUGUCAAGUUGCCGGGUAAAUAACAACAAGUAGGCGGGGAAUCAAACGGCUAGGGAUUUCUUUUGGUUCUAUUUUUCUUCUAUUUUCCAAUAAAAGUAGCCGGGGGCCACUCUCUUAGUAGCCGGGGAAAAUCGUCGGCCCCCGGCUCUUAAUGACAACCCUGGGUUUCAUUAGAGGUGAGAACAAUUUUGAGAUUGUUUCAUUAUAAACUGGUAGACAGUUAUUCAACGUAAUAAUAUUAUUCAGCACAAAAUCCUAUGCCUGAUUAAUGGAGAGAUUUAGAAUCGUCUUUACGUCAAAUGGCAAACAUAAAUUUGUACCAUCCGAUGUGACCAAGCUUUCCCUUGACCUGUUCAUUAUCUCUUUAAAAUAAAUUAAUUAGCUCAGCUGGAAUUUGCCUUGUGUUAUAUUAUUAACAGUGGCCAUGCUUUUGUUAAUAAAAUACUAUUGCCCUGUGUAUAAAAUAAAAAAAACAAACAAACUGCCUAUUAUAAGAUACUAUGAACUAACCUCUUCAGCAACUGCACUUAACAUAAAACAGGAUGCUUGAAUCAAAUGCUAAUGAGAAAAACUGAGUAAAUCUUAGACAGACCUGCACUUGCUGUGUGGGUGAAAGUGAUACUAAUACAGUAAAACCCUGCUCUACAGACACCCACUUAAAACAGACACCUGUAGAUAAUGGACAGUUUCAUUUGUCUCAACAAAUAGCUCAUUAUUUUCUCCAAAAUUAUUUUGCAUAAUACAGAUUCCAGCUAAUAUGGACAAUGCACACUUUACUUUGUCUUGAGUCACAAACUCCUAUAUAUUGUCAACCUCACUUUUUUAUGCACUGUCCAUGACUGACAUGACUGAAUAUCUUAGCUGUGAAAACCUAACAAGAAUAACAAUUAGUGACCUUCCAAAGGAUCUUUCAUUAUUAAGUCCACUCACAAACUAAAAGCAUGAGCACAAAGUUAAGUCACGAUUCCAUUUUUGUCUUUGAAUAACACUUAACCGAAAAGGUAAUUUUAAUUUAUGACUAUGACAAAUGAUGGUAGUGGAGGCAGCUUGGCCGAGCGGUUAGAAUGCUAGAUUUGUAAUUCAGAGACCCCAAGUUCAAGUCCUGCCCUGGCUGCUAGCUGGAUUUGUUCCCUGUAGUCCCAAGUUCAAAUCCUAAGCCACUCUUGUAAAUAUAGCCCACUUGUUCGUUUCCUACCAGUUGGGAUUUUUAACCAUGUUGUUUCAUUUAGAUUAUUUGUUUCAUUAUCCCUGAAAAGCACCAUAAGGGGAGAGGAUAAUUAAAGUAUAAUUAUUAUUAUUAUCGUAAGAUUUCUUUAGGAUUGACUUGCUCAAGAUCCAGUCACAAAAUAAUUAAACAAAGUUUGCUUGUAAAAAUAUCUUUAUAUAAAUAACACAUGUGUCUGUGACGUUUUCUCUGACAGUCCACUUAAGACAGACACCCACUUAAUACAGUCACUAUGGCAUGUCCCUUUGGUCACUGGAUUAACCAGGAUUCACUGUAUUGAUAUUUGCAGAGUUAAGGCAGAGAAAUGCUGUGCCUAAAGUUGAGGGUCCUGGUGGGGCUCCAUUGCAACGCACCAUCUCUGAGCCCUCACUGGCAGAGGCCGUCACCUCACAGCUCAACCAAUCAGGGACCUCCAAUCAGCUAAAAGAACCCUUGGAAACACGAAAAUCCAACAGCCUCAUGAAUAUAUCUUCUCCAUCUUCAGGUAGUAUUUGUUCAUUUUGUUUCUUAAUGUUUCAUUAAUUUUGUAGUCCCACUUGACACAGUGAAAUGUUAUUGGCAUUGAAAGUGACCGUGCCUUUGUGGAUAAUGUUAAUUCAGUUGUAGCAAAUUUAAUUUCAGGUAAGACAUUUGGUUAUGGUAUGUUAGGAUUAAUUUAUUGCUGAGGCAAUCCCUAAUGGCUUGGGAGCCGGGGAUUUUCCCUUGCUAUUACAAGCAUGACCCCCCGGCUACUUUCAUAGGGGAGUCCUUCUUUAGGGAGAAAGUUGUCUGUAAUAGAAUGUUGUUGUUUUUUGUUUUUUAUCAUUUUGAUAAGAUGCGUCUUUUCUUCAGGUGCCUUAUCUCCAAUGGCACAGGGUUUGUUACGCCCUCCUGGCUCCCCUGUGCCAAUACCUAAACCAGCAAAACCAAUCUUGCCACGAGAAAGAACUGCAAUGGAUAAGGUCUGUUUCUUGUUAUUUGCUUUCUUUUCUGGUUGUUAAAUUCAUCUGUCUGGUCAGUUUUCACCACUUUACUUGAGUUGACUGUGUUCUAAAUUCAUGUAUCAUGCAAGGAAAUUUCCGUUGGCAUUCUGCAUGAAUUGAGCAAGUACACAUACUUUGUAAGAAAUGUUUAUCUCUCACAUGAUACCAGACUCAUGGAAAGAACACUUGUACUGCAAACUCAUAUGUAAGAGAAAAAGGAAGCCUUUAUACGGCUUGGUGGGGAAGAAAAUGUUUUGGUCUAUAGGCCAUUUCAGACUCGACUUCCAAAAACUCUCCUGUUCAAAACAAGACCAAGUGCAAAACCUUUUAAUUGAAUUCUUCAAUAAUAUAAACCAGAAGAAAACUGAGCUGAGUUAACUUUCGGGACCAUUACUGGGGACAUGGAAAACAAAUUGGUUAACAGCUGACUGGCGUGCCCCUAGUAAUGAUCCAAGAAGUCUUUUUGUGAAAGUUAACCCAAACCAGUUUCCUUUUUCUUUUUAACCCUUUAAGCUCCAGAUAUCCACGUACAAAUUCUCUAGACUUAUCUCCAUACAUCUCCUUAAAGACUGUUGAGAGAAUUUGAAAAAAAGAUCAAAGAAUUAUCCUUUUGGUGAUCAUUUUCUAAAUUCUCAUACACUUUUCUCUUAUGUGAUGUAUAAACACUGUUAGGAGAAAAUUGAUGUUGGUCACUCUUGGGACUGAAAGGGUUAAAAUGGCAAAUUAAAAAUCACUUUCAAAUCAAUAGUUUUGCACUUAGCAUUGCUUUGGAACAGAGGCUUGGAGCAACUCGGAAAUGGCCCAUACAGAUUGAUACAAUAAAACAUAGACAUUUCAGGGGCACCCAACUACAGUUUCCUUCCAAAUUCAUUGAAAACACUUUUUAGGCUAUUCAGAGUAAUUUUAGGCCUCUAGAAAUGCAUUUUAAACAGUUAAAUUUUAUGCAUUUUGAUCCGGUCAGCGGUCAUGGCAUUGACAUUGGAGUAAUGUUUUUACAGGUGAUAGAGUACCUGGUUGGUGAUGGACCAAACAAUAGAUAUGCACUGAUUUGUAAACAGUGCUGUUCACACAAUGGAAUGGCACUAAAGGAUGAAUUUGAAUUCACAGGUACAUUGAUGAGCAUACUUAGUAAUUUGAUGUCCAAAUCAAACUUUAGAAUGUUCAAGUGCUUAAAUCAGGAGAUAAGGAUUAACUCUGAGAUAAGGAUGCUUAACCCACUAAAGAACUUGAUCACACAUUUUAUAGCAGAAUUGAGAAAGGGCGUGCUUUAUAUAGUGCAAUAAAACCAUGUAUCCUGUAACACAAAUGACAAGAUUUCAGAGAAGUUGAAUGAUAUUUUUAUUACAAGUUGCCUUUCAGAGUCUGUAUUCUUCUUCCCCAUCUAUCAUGUCUCAGAACAGAAUCUUAUAUGGUUAGCAACUGCAUUGCAAAGUGGAAGUUGGGUGCCUGAGUUAUCCAGGAGCUUUCACUAUUGGCAACCAGCUCCUAGAUGGAGACUGUUCCCAUGGCUGGCAAAUCUUGGCAACCCAGCCAUGAGCCCCCAGGUGCAAGGGAGAAAGCAGGCUCCCAGCACACCCUUUAGCAAGGCAGUGGAAAUAGGGAAGGAAGUGGGGGGGAACCACUAUAAACUGAGUCCCCACGAAUGUGAGAUUCCAAGAAAGGAUGGAUGCAUAGGUGGCGGAGCAGGGGGGGGGGGCAAAGACAUUUUUUGGGGGAAGCCCCCCUGUUUUGGAUAUAUUUGACUUUACUAGUGACAAUGGUGAUUAGAGCGCACAUUUUCUGCCCUCAGACAACUCAAGAACUACCUAAGAAGCACCAUGACGCAAGAAUGCCUGAACAACUGACUACUAAUGCAUUGUCGCAAAUCAAUUACAGACACACCAGACACUAUGAAGAUUGCAAAGAGGUUUGCUUGUGCCAACAAACAAUGCAAACGGCAUUUUGGAAAAUUUGUGUAAGGGUAUGCGCAUGACUGAGUGGAAGAUAAGCCUCCCCCCUUUCAAAAUGCUCCGCUGUCUCUGGAAUGAAUGCUCACUAAAAACUGCCCAAACACGCUAAAAUGCCAGAAUGCUAAAAAUAAUCACAAGCAAGAAAAAAAAAAUGGCCAGACAAAAGGCCAGAAAUCUCAAAAACGCACUAGACCAUGCUACAAUGUACACAACUGCAAGAGCAUGUGGGAUACUGGUGCAUGUGUAUCAGUAUCUUGCAACACCACUGGCCAGCAAGAUAAGAUUAGUGCUCCUUGUUGUUAACUCUGUUAGAUCUCAUUUAACUGAAUUAAAAGAGUUAUCAAUAACAAGUGUAAGUAGAUGUAAACAUAGAUAUUCUACAACAUCAUUACAAGACACUUCUCAGUAUCUUGCAUUGUUUCAUCCAUGAAGUGUUUUAUCUCUUUUAGCAUUUAGAUGCUGCUACUGUUAUCAUUUAAACCCUGCAAGGAAGCAGCGCCCUACUGCUCCAAAGCUGGACUAUGACACUUGGACACCUCCCAGACAAGUCUCCGGGGUGGGGGUGGGGGCAGGGGUGCGUCAUCGAAAGCCAUCCAACUCUGUACAGGCCAUGUUGGAAAAGAAUGGUGAGCAUGUCACAAUACAAUACAAUACAAGACAAUUCCAUAAGUUUAUUAACGUGUCCCAAAUUGGGAUUUUUAAUGUUAGUUUACAAUCACCAGAAGAAAACCUAAUUACUGUACUCUUAAAAAAACUAAUAAAAAUUAUCAAGAUAAACUAAAGUAAAAUAAUAAUAAUAUAAUAAUUUCAUGAUCCUGAAAACAUUACACAAGUCAAAGUAUAGACUACCCGAUCUCUGCACAGUUGAGGUUCUCCUAAAUGUAGGGUCUGAGGGAUUCUUCUGUCUGGUAUUGUGACUGUGGAUAUUAAAACGCUUAACCAAUGUAGGCUCAAGGUACUUUGCAGCAAGGACAUGAAGAAUUUAAAAUAAAUCUUUGAUAUAAUCUUCACUUAAAAUUAAUCUUCGAUAUAAUCUUCAAGUAAUAUUAUGGUACAAGUAAAUUGUUACGUUACAAACAAACAUCACACAUUCAAAAUUCAUUCGAAACUGCUUAAGUUAACUCUCGCUUAAAGGGGCCAUGUCACAAGGAUAUUUCUGUUUUGGUUUAAUUUCCGGCUUGAGUCAUCACUUAGUGCCUUACACAAAAUGCUCGGCCAAUGGAUUCAUGGAGAAGAAAUCAAAAAAAUUUUAUCAGGGAGCACAGAUGACAAGAAACAGUUUCAACACCUUCUUUAAUAACAAAAUUAGACCAUUGCUUUUGGAAUGCAAUUGAUGUGAAGACACUUGAAGUUUUUGUGAGCAAACUAAGUAUUAAUAUUUGCAUUAUUGCUUAUAAAUUGUUUCAGUGCCACAAAAGGAUGAUAAGAAAUGUGUUAUUAAUGGUGACGCUGUGGUCCAUGAUAAGUCAAAUUUAGAGGAUACCAAGACAAAAGGUAGAACAUUCAUACAUACCGGUAUAUACACUGUUUACAGUAGCCUGGGUGCAGACGAUAACUAAACUCUGAUUAGUACCGUCUGCGAAGCAGCGCAGAGAUCCUUGUUCUGGACCCCCAACGGACUCAACGAAUUACCGGAAGUGCGUUUCGAAUUCCCCUUCAACCUUAUUGGCGAUCACGACAAACAAAACCAAGGCCUUUUUUAACUGGCCAAUCGUGGCGCGUACUCAAAUCUGGGUACACAGCUGGAAGUCCAGAACAAGGAUUUCGGCACUGUUUCGCAGACGGAGUUAACCAGAGUUUAAUUUCGUCUGCGCGCAGGCUAUGUGUACAGGUAUAAGCCAUUAUUACACCUGAAGAAGGAUCAUGAGGUUAGCCCUAUAAUAAGAUCUCUCCUUAAGAAAACCCACCCAGCCCAGUAAAGGUUGGCCACACCACCAGGAUCUAUGUCCCCUACUCUUUUUAAACAGUGGUGUGGGUUCUUUUAUGUCCAAAAAAAAACAUAUUAAGUAAAAGUGCUGUGAGACCUACAGUUUUCUGUCCUUGUCUGAGAAGACUAGGAAGUCUAACCAUAAUUAGUAAAGGAGACUGGUUAGGAAACCCGGCAAACACCAAAGAUGAAAACAAUGGUGCUUUAGUUUAUGUUGGAAGCUCCCUGACCGUGCACAAUCUUUUGUUUUCUGUUGACAAAUUAUGACUGAAUAAAUUAAUGCAACGUUUCUAUUGGUCAGAAAGUUCAAAAUAAUAGGAAUGCUAUUGAACGUUGUGCACGGUCAGGUCCAAAAAAGCCAACAAAAACCUAUAGCAAAGGGUUUCCCUACCAUUCCACUUUAAAUUAACUAUGGUCUAAUCGUUUGCAGAUGUCAUUACAAAGGCGUAACUUUCUUCUUAGUUAUUGAAAGACCCUGAGUGUUGAUCCAGCCGGGGUUCGAACCCAUGACCUCCCGUGCAACAGACGGUUGCUCCCCCAACUGAGCUAACCAGGUGGCAGUUAAUCAAAUUAGCAUUGACAGCUGAUCCAGGGCAGGGUAUAGAGUGUCCAGACUGCCUCUAACUAUGCUCAUCAUGCCAGAUUAUUAUUAUUAUUAUUAUUCAAGUUUAAAAUUUAAAUAUGUACAUAAUUUACAGAAAUAUUUGAAGAAUGAAGCACUAUACAACAGGCCGGUCUGCUAUAUUAUUAUCAUUAUUAUUAUUAUCGUUAUUAUUAUUGUCAUCGACCAUAGAUGCAUAAAUUUUAGCUGUAUUAUUAUUUCACAAGCUCAAAUGAAAAGGGCAUCAGAUCUGUAUCAGAUGUUCAAUGCUUUGUCUUCAGCUGCUCAUAUUUUAUCUAUCGUGUACAUUUUACAGCAUAACUAUAUCAUAUGCAACAAUGGGUGGCUAGUGAUGAGGGAAUUCGAGCAGAGAACUUUCUGGCCAUGAUUAUUCAAAAACUGGAUAGUGCUAUCCUGCGCAUAAGGGUCACAGAUAGUUAUUGCCUUAUCCGAUGGAUGAAGUCUUGCCCAGUGGAUGUUAGCUCUUUGUAAAAGAUAGAUAUUUUUUGAAAUGGCACAUUCAAUACUUUGUGAAAAAAUCAUAGUCUUUGUUUUUUACUUCCUUUUCUUGCAGGUGGAGAUGAGAAGGAAUUGAAAACUAACUCGGAAAAGGAAUAGUUCAAAAAUAAGGAACAAGAACUUUGAAAAAAUGGUGGAUCUACAAUUACAUUGCCCUUCUGGAGAUCGCCAGGCCAAAAGUUAUUUAUUAAUAUAAAAAGAAAACUUAACAAAUGCUGUUGAAUCUGACGAAUAUGAUCAAGACUGUUUAUUUACACCACUAAAGGGUGGGGCCUUUGGGAGGUCGUGAUAAACAUUUAAGAAUCAAGCUCAGUUGCUAAUAAACGGAGCAUAAAUAAGUUAUUCAGUAUUUAAUAUGAGGAUUGUUGUUAGCAUAAAAAGAUGCAAGCAUGAUUCUUGUAAGCCUGAGAAGAAAGACAAAAUGGAAAAUGCAUUUGGCAGGAAACGUAACUGCAUAAGAGAAGCUCUAAAGGGGAGAGAUAUGUCAAGCAUGUUGAACGAGAGAGUGUGGAACUCUAAUAGGAGACGUCUGCACGCAGGCAAAACUCCGCAUAGACUGUUCUCAGUCCUCUGUUUCUUCGUAAGAUCGUCAGGAUCGAGCACUUCGUCGAAGUGCUCGAUUUGACAGUCGAUUUGACACUCAUCCCCAGGCU